CGGCUCGCUGACCCUUCCGCAGCAGCGCACGGGGUGCUGGGCACCCCCAAUAACCUCCCGGUCCGGCCCUCAGCACUACCCCAAAGCCGAGGGAGGUUGAGAGAGAAACUAACCGAACGAGUUUAAGAGAGAAACCACGGAGAAGGAAACUGAGAAAAAGGUUGGGGCCAGCGAAGCAGCCGAUCAAGGGGGAGCUGGCGGGUUAGGUGCCCCCCUCUUCUCCCUGCCCUCCCCCCCCUCCCGGCCCGCUUCUCGCGUCUCCCCCCAGAGAUGAUGCAGCAGGACGAGUCAAACUCUCCAGUCUCCCCCGCCGACGACAGCUUGAGCAACAGCGAAGAGGAGCCGGACCGGCAGCAGCUGCCCAACAACAAGAGAGGGGGACGCAAGCGCCGCUCCAGCCGCCGCAGCGCCGGCGGCGCCGUCGGGGCCGCGGACGAGCCCUGCAGCCCGGCCCAAGGCAAGCGGGGCAAGAAGUGCGGGGCGGGCGGGGGCGGCGGGGGCGGCGGAAGCAGCAGCGGCGGCGGCAGCCCCCAGUCCUACGAGGAGCUGCAGACCCAGCGGGUCAUGGCCAACGUGCGGGAGCGGCAGCGCACGCAGUCGCUGAACGAAGCCUUCGCCGCCCUGCGGAAGAUCAUCCCCACGCUGCCCUCGGACAAGCUGAGCAAGAUCCAGACCCUCAAGCUGGCGGCCAGGUACAUCGACUUCCUCUACCAGGUCUUACAGAGCGACGAGCUGGACUCCAAGAUGGCAAGCUGCAGCUAUGUGGCCCACGAGCGGCUCAGCUACGCCUUCUCGGUGUGGAGAAUGGAGGGCGCCUGGUCCAUGUCCGCAUCCCACUAGCAGGCGGCGUCCCCCACCCGCAUCCCCCCGGCAGGAGCCCUAGAUGACAUUGUUCCCACAGAAGGAGAGAAUGGACAAUCUAGAGACUCUGAAGUUGGAUACGAUUUUUUUUUUUUAUCUUUUCUAACAAAAAAUGUACCAAGGAUUUCUUGGAAAUUAGAAGAGUAAAAUCCAAAUUCAAAGCAGGGCGUGGGGAGCACUUAAGGAAAGAGAAAGAGAGAAGGGCUUUGGACAGUGACUACCCUCUGGGCGUCGGUACAAUCCACACAUCUCUACAUUCUGAUAGAAGUCUGAAUCGUUCGAUUUUUUUUUUUAAUUUUGACGAAGAAUGUUGGAAUUGAACUUUUUUACUGUUUGCCCUUUUUUUUUUUUUUUUUUUUUUUUUUUUGCAUGCAUGCAUUCCCAAGAGGUCGUGCUUAUGAGCCACUGAUGAAAGGAAAUACAUUAUUGUGGACUUUCUUCAUUCUUGAAUGGAACCAAGCAGCCAACCAAAAAUAUCCCUGUAGAGAUGAAAACCUUUUUUUUAUUUUUUUUUUUUAAUUUUUUUAGGGGGGAAUAAGCUGGGCUCAAGCUGUUAUAUACCCGGUUCCUAACUUUUUUAUUAUUAUUAUUUUUCCUCUGAGAAAAAAAUAAACAUUUUAUUUAUUUAUUGAU